AUGGCGGCUGUUUUAGCCGCCGGCGAUGAUUUGGCAAGAUCUAUGAGUAGUCGGCGGUUAGGAAGCAGAAGGAGUUGGAUUGCCGGAAGUUUCAGGGAGGCACCGGAGGAGGAGGAAGAAGAAGUGGAAUGGGCGGCGAUCGAGAGAUUACCGACGUACGACCGUCUAAGGAAGGGGAUGAUGAAAAAAAUGCUUGAAGAUGGAAAGAUCGUGCAAGAACAGGUCGACGUUACCGAUCUAGGGAUUCAAGAACGGAAACAAUUGAUGGAGAGUAUAUUCAAGAUUAUUGAGAUCGAUAACGAGAAAUUUCUUCAUAAUAUCCGCCAGAGAAUUGAUCGAGUCGGAAUUGAGAUCCCAGUAACUGAAGUUCGAUACGAAAACUUAUCAAUCGAAGGGGAGAUUUAUGUUGGAAACAGAGCACUUCCCACGCUGUUCAAUGCAACCUUAAACGUUAUUGAGAGCAUUCUUGAGUUGGUAAGACUUUCCCCUAUGAAGAAAAGAAAAAUCAAGAUUCUUAAACAUGUUAGUGGCAUUUUGAAGCCAUCAAGGAUGACAUUGCUCCUUGGCCCUCCUAGUGCUGGAAAGACAACGCUGUUACUAGCUCUUGCUGGAAAGCUAGAUAAGGAUUUAAGGGCUUCUGGGAAAAUUACUUACUGUGGACAUGAACUAGAUGAAUUUAUUCCUCAGAGAACAUGUGCUUAUAUUAGUCAACAUGAUCUUCAUCAAGGAGAAAUGACAGUUAGAGAGACUAUGGAUUUCUCGGGACGCUGUUUGGGAGUUGGCCAAAGAUAUGACCUAUUGGCUGAACUUUCUAGACGAGAGAAAGAAGCAGGACUUAAACCUGAUCCUGAUAUUGAUGCAUUCAUGAAAGCCACAGUAAUGUCAGGACAAAAAACUAGUUUAGUCACAGAUUAUGUUCUAAAGAUACUUGGAUUGGAAAUUUGUGAGAAUAUUAUGCUUGGUAAUGAAAUGAGAAGAGGCAUAUCUGGGGGACAAAAGAAGAGGGUCACCACUGGAGAGAUGUUGGUUGGACCAGCAAGAGUUAUUCUAAUGGAUGAAAUAUCAAAUGGAUUGGAUAGCUCCACUACAUUUCAAAUUAUCAAACUCAUGAAGCAAAUGGUACAUAUCAUGGAUGUAACUAUGGUUAUCUCCCUUCUCCAGCCUGCACCCGAGACAUACGAACUCUUUGAUGACAUUAUUUUAAUCUCGGAAGGUGAAAUUAUCUAUCAAGGACCACGAGAAAAUGUUCUCGAGUUCUUUGAGUACAUGGGUUUUAAAUGUCCUCAAAGAAAAGGAGUGGCAGACUUUCUCCAAGAGGUUACAUCUAAGAAAGAUCAAGAACAAUAUUGGGUCCAUAAGGAAAAUGAUCAAUCUUAUAGAUAUAUCUCAGAAUCAGAUUUCGUAGUUGGUUUCAAUUCAUUCAUCCUUGGCCAACAAUUAGCAGCUGAAAUUAGUGUUCCUUAUGAUAAAUCAAAAGCUCAUCCAGCAGCACUAGUCAAACAACAAUAUGGUGUAUCUAAAAAAGAGCUUUUUAAAGCUUGCAUUGAUAGGGAAUGGCUAUUGAUAAAGAGGAAUAGUUUUGUUUACAUAUUCAAGACAUUUCAACUAACAAUUAUGUCAUUAUUAACCAUGACUGUUUUUUGGAGGUCUACUAUGCAUUAUGGUAAAUUGGAGAAUGGAGGAAAAUAUUUAGGAGCUCUGUUCUUUAGUCUUGUGAAUGUAAUGUUUAAUGGGACUUCUGAAAUGUUGUUAACUGUUAUGAGGCUACCAGUAUUUUAUAAACAAAGAGAUUACUUGUUUUUUCCACCAUGGGCUUUUGCAUUGCCAAUUUGGAUCCUUAGGAUUCCUUUAUCAUUUAUGGAAUCAGUAAUAUGGAUUGUUCUAACCUAUUACACAAUUGGGUUUGCUCCAUCUCCAACCAGAUUUUUUCGACAAUUCCUGGCAUUCUUUGGCGUACACCAAAUGGCACUGUCGCUUUAUCGUUGUAUUGCUGCAGUGGGAAGAACGCGGGUUGUCUCAUCUACUCUCGGGACAUUUUCAUUACUAUUGGUAUUUAUUCUUGGAGGUUUUGUAGUUUCAAAGAAUGACAUUAAACCAUUUAUGAUCUGGGGGUAUUAUAUUUCUCCUAUGAUGUAUGGUCAAAAUGCCAUUGUCAUGAAUGAAUUUUUAGACAAAAGAUGGGAUGCACCAAACACGGAUCCCAAAAUAGAUGCACCUACGGUAGGAAAAGCGUUACUUAAGUCAAGAGGCUUCUACACGGAAGAUUACAUGUAUUGGGUUUGUAUUGCUGCACUCUUUGGAUUUUCUGCCUUCUUCAACAUUCUCUUUAUUGUCGCGUUGACAUAUUUAAACCCAAUUGGGGAUUCAAAAGGGGUUAUCUCAGAAGACGAAGAUAUUGAUGAGAAAAAUGCUUCAAGAGCUUCUUCCUCAAUUGAUGUAGCUACAAAUCAUGCACCAAGGAAAGGAAUGAUCUUGCCAUUUCAACCACUUUCGCUUACUUUCGAUCACAUCAACUACUAUGUAGACAUGCCUAAGGAAAUGAAAAGUCAAGGGGCUCAAGAAGAUCGUCUCCAACUACUAAGAGAUGUUAGUGGAAGUUUCCGCCCUGGAAUUCUAACCGCCCUUGUUGGUGUUAGUGGUGCUGGAAAAACAACUCUAAUGGAUGUUCUAGCUGGACGAAAAACAGGCGGAUACAUAAAAGGAAACAUCAAUAUUUCUGGUUAUCCCAAAAAACAAGAAACAUUUGCUCGAAUUAGUGGGUAUUGUGAGCAAAAUGACAUUCAUUCUCCGAAUGUUACAGUUUAUGAAUCUCUUCUAUUCUCUGCUUGGUUACGCCUCUCCAAUGAUGUGAAUGUUAAAACACGAAAGAUGUUUGUGGCAGAAGUGAUGGAGUUGGUCGAGCUUAAUUCGAUAAGGAAUUCUUUGGUAGGCAUUUCAGGAGUGGGUGGUCUUUCAACAGAACAAAGGAAAAGAUUGACAAUUGCUGUUGAAUUGGUUGCAAGUCCAUCCAUCAUAUUCAUGGAUGAACCAACAUCUGGACUUGAUGCAAGAGCUGCAGCCAUUGUUAUGAGAACUGUUAGAAAUACAGUCGAUACUGGAAGAACCGUUGUCUGCACAAUUCACCAACCAAGCAUAGACAUUUUCGAGGCUUUUGAUGAGUUACUUUUGAUGAAGAGAGGAGGAGAAGUAAUCUAUGCAGGACCUCUUGGCAACCAAUCUCACAAGUUAAUUGAGUAUUUUGAAAGUGUUCAAGGGGUUCCCAAGAUUAGGGAAGGUUAUAAUCCUGCUACAUGGGUGUUGGAAGUUACUAAUUCUUCUUUAGAGGCUCAACUAAAUAUUGAUUUUGCAGAGGUUUAUGUAAACUCUUCCCUUUAUCAAAGGAAUCAAGAACUCAUUAAGGAACUCAAUAUCCCACCAUCUGGUUCUCAUGGUCUUCAUUUUCCAACAAAGUAUUCGCAAUCAUUCACUUCACAGUUCCAUGCUUGUUUCUGGAAACACUACUUAUCUUAUUGGAGGAAUCCACAAUAUAAUGCCAUUAGAUUCUUCUUGACUACAAUUAUUGGUGUGUUGUUUGGCUUAGUUUUCUGGAACAAAGGGCAAAAAUUAUCUAAACAACAAGAUCUUUUGAAUCUUUUGGGAGGGUUGUAUUCUUCUGUUAUUAUUUUGGGUUCAACCAAUGCUACAAGAGUGCAACCUGUUGUAGAUACUGAAAGAACAGUUUUCUACCGUGAAAGAGCAUCUGCCAUGUACUCUCCUUUGUCAUAUGCAUUUUCCCAGGUCAUCGUAGAAACGAUGUAUGUGGUAAUACAAACGACCAUAUAUGCUCUCAUCUUAUAUUCCAUGAUCGGCUUCGAAUGGACUGUUACCAAGUUUUUAUGGUUCUACUUCUUUACCGUUAUGUGUUACAUCUAUUACACUAUGUACGCAAUGAUGUUUGUCGCCCUGACCCCUGGCGUAACAAUUUCUAUCAUUGUAUCGGCGUUUUUCAUGACCCUAUGGAACUUAUUUUCAGGCUUCCUAAUACCCAUACCGCAAAUACCUAUUUGGUGGAGGUGGUACUAUUGGGGUUCUCCAGUGGCUUGGACAUUGUAUGGGUUAGUGACAUCUCAAGUUGGCGAUCUAGACUCGUUAUUAGAGGUGCCCGGUGAAGGAAAUAUUCCGAUAAAGGUGUUUCUCAAAUCUACGUUCGGUUAUGAAUAUAACUUCCUCCCCGUAGUUGCGGCUGUUCAUGUUUUAUGGGUUGUGUUAUUUUCUUUAGUAUUUGCAUGUGGAAUCAAAUACCUCAACUUCCAAAGGAGAUAG